ACACUGGUAUAAAAGUGAAAAAAUGCAUGAUUUAGACUUGGAUAAACAAUCCUACAUGAUAAAUACUGAUGCAGCAGAACUACAUGAAGAAAUCUUUAAUCUUGCUCGGAAAGCAGUUUGGUCUGUGGUUGAGUUUGCCGAAGAAGAACAAAGAUUGGCCCAUACCAGACGGUCUCCGGUUAAGCAGUUUAAAAGUAGUACUGAAUCAUUACAAAUCAAAAGAAAAAAAUCUGGCGAAACUACACAAAACAAAUGUAGUAAAUGUGAGAUCGUUGGACAUUAUGCUCCGACUUGCAAGAAAG